AGCAGAAUGGAAUAAGUUUACCGGGCUUACUUUCAUGCCAACACGAGUAGUUUAACUCAUCACUACCUCGUAAGGGCAUUGAGAAUUUUUUUUGCUAUAAACUUUUGAAAAAGUCUUCAAAUAGCCUUUGCAUAGUUUACGAAUUCUGCUUAGUAGGGACCUAAACACAGGAAUGGUUUUUAUCAGAGUCAGACCACGCCUUAUGACGGGAGAAAGGACGGAUCACCUGUCGAUCUGUGAUCAACGAAAACGAAUCCAAUGGAAUGGGAUAGAGAUUGACAAGCACAAAAGCUAUAUCUCAUAUCUAUUAAUUAAUCUACGCUCAUUGAUGAGACGGCGACAUAGAGAGAAGAAAGUAUACCCUUUGACACCCCCCUUCUCACUUAAAAGUAAAGAAGAGAUACAAAGGAAUAAAUAUUUAGUGGGAUUGAGGAUGGAAUCGAAUAGCGAAUGCACUUGCGGUUAAGACAGGUCCUGCAUCUCCUACCUAAUGCAAUUGACCAACCCGCCAUCUCUUUCCUUCAAUAAUGCCUUCGCUUCACUUCAAGACGUUAUUUACCAAUAAGAAUAGGAAACCUUUUUGAAUGGAAGAAGGCGAAGGGGUUUUCGAGCGCUGCGGUAAUGAGCCGUAAGAAAGAUGAGCAGAGCAUUCCUUCCGCCGGCCUUGUUAGGAGUAGGGGAGCGUGGUGAGAUAGAUAGACGUCCAAUCCUGCAGCAGCUAGUUGCUCGGCCUUAGUCUUGGGCUGAUCUCACACUUCAAUCAACCCCUUCGUACUUCGAUCCAAUCAAUCGAUCAAGAGGCAAAUCUCUUUUGUUUGGGCCGGUAGCUAAAAGAAAGUCCUCGCUUUCUCUUGAACAAGGGGCAUAGCUUUAGCUUCAAUUGAACAAGCUCAACCUUGAAAAAGAAAGGUGGCGAAGAACCGUUGAACGCUUCAACUCGGCCACUGAAGAAGGCGAAGGCUGGGCGAGAGACUAGGCCAACUUACUGCCAUGGUUGAAGCUUUAGGCUCCAUAGACGGAAUUAUGUAUUAGGUAUUAGGGAGGAGAGGACACCACUCAGCACCUAAGGUGGGGUUCAAUGCCUAACAAAAACGGCCAUGGUUGUGCAUUUUCAGUCAACAAGGCCCUGGGCCUGGAGCCCAUCUCCAGGGCAUUCUUUUCUUCAUCCAAAGACAGGCUCGAGCCCACUCAGUAAUUUACUUUCCCCUUUCAUCCCUCCACUUUCUUGGUCCGUAACCAUCUCUCUCCCGCUCCGCUGGUGUAGUUGCCGUUCCGGUGAGAAGUAGUGGCAGCCGCUCUAGAGUUCUUUCCCCUCGUUUCUCCUCCGACGAACAGUUCCGCUCAUCGCGUCUCCGUCUUUGUCCGGUUCGUAUCCUCAAUUAGGUUUUCCGAAGACGAAAUCGUGUUUCCAUGGAUUCCCUUCAAUCCACCUACAGAAGCGAGGGAGAAGUGACGGAGGGGGAGGAGGAAGGAGUACGACCAUCCCACGCCGCCGCACCGGACCAAAAUGCUCCUCUCCUCCCUUCUCUGCCGCCACUUCCUCCGCCCUCUGCGAUUGAGCUUGUUUCACUUCCCGAGCCCGACGCGGCUACGACGAACAAGCAGCAGGAAGUCGCGGUUGGGGCUUCCGCCUCCGAAUCGCUGCCGGAGUCGGGCCCUACGAAUUCAAACGAUGCGGAGAAACCUUCGGUGAAGGACGAAGAAGAGGAGGAGGCGGAGGGAGAGGACCGGCAGAGUAAGAAGCAGAAGCAGGAGGUGAAGGAAGAGGGAGAGGCAGAAGAGGAGCUGCAGCAGCAACCGGAGGCGAUGACGCCGGUGGAGGAAAUUUCCAAUGGAGAUGGAGCCAACGGCGAGAACGGGAGCGUUGAGGAGGAGGCGAAAGCUCCUCCAUCCGCUGCUGCAGCGGUUACCACGCAAUCCGCCGCGAAGAAGAAGUCGAAGAAGAAGAGCAAUAACAAUGUCUGGUCGACGAAGUCCACUCGGAAGGGUAAGAAGAAGGCGAAGCCCAACCCGCAUAGCACUCCCACGGAGGACACCGUGUUGAUCACUCCCGUCCCCAGGUUCCCGGACAAGAAUGAUGAUUCUCCGGAGAUGACAAUUUGCUUGUCCAAGGCGUACAAGGCUGAGAAAGUAGAGCUGGGCGAGGACAGAUUGAGUGCUGGGAGUACCAAGGGUUAUAGAAUGGUGAGGGCAACUAGAGGGGUUUGUGAAGGUGCUUGGUACUUCGAGAUCAAGGUUGAGAGUCUGGGAGAGACUGGGCAUACGCGGCUCGGGUGGUCUACUGAGAAAGGGGACUUGCAGGCGCCGGUUGGCUAUGAUGGGAACAGUUUUGGGUAUAGAGAUAUUGAUGGUAGUAAGAUUCACAAGGCAUUGAGGGAGAAGUAUGGGGAAGAAGGGUACAAAGAAGGGGAUGUCAUUGGGUUCUAUAUUAACUUGCCCGAUGGAGGCUCGUAUGCUCCUAAGCCGCCUCGUUUGGUUUGGUAUAAAGGACAGAGGUAUCUAUGUGCUCCAGACGCCAAGGAGGAUCCUCCUAAGAUUGUGCCAGGAAGUGAGAUAUCAUUCUUCAAGAAUGGCAUAUGUCAAGGGGUUGCAUUCAAGGAUUUAUACGGUGGGCGCUACUACCCUGCUGCAUCAAUGUACACUCUUCCGAAUCAACCGAAUUGUGUUGUAAGAUUUAAUUUUGGCCCAGACUUCUAUUUUCUCCCAGAGGAUUUUGAUGGGCGUCCCAUGCCAAGGCCCAUGAUUGAAGUUCCUUAUCAUGGGUUUGAUGCUCGUGUUGACAGUGGCACAUCCAAUGAGAACAAACAAUAGUACACAAUCUCUUUGAUGCUUCAUAUUGGUUUCUGGUUUCACUAGUUGACACUCUAGAUAUCAUAUUAGAAAUGUCUUAGCAAAAUAGCUUAUGUAAUCUCAACAUGUCUUGAAAGGCUAUAGAAGAGCAAUUUUCCUUGUGAACUAUGAAGCAAUUGGAAUGGGGCCGGCUGAUGACAUUUGAUUUCAAGAUAUUAGUUAGUUUAUGGUUUUUUUAAAACAAGUCUGAAUACUUCUGAUGAGUUUUAUAAUAGUUUUCAUUUUUCAACUGUGAUCAGGCAACUUAUCAGAUUAUUCAUGUCCUGUUUAUAUAUGACGAGUUAUGUACCACAUAAGCUGUGUGUUUUCCCCCUUCAAUAUCAAUAUGCUUCUUUGUUUUCUGGAGUUUGCAAAUCUUCCGUCUCACUUUCGUGUGAAUGUAGUUGCAUCUUUCAUGACACGUGACAAAAUGAAAUGCAUAUUUCCCUUUCCUCUACUGUUCUAUGACUCCCUCUCUAUGUUAUGCUCUUGACUAAGAGUGAGAUGGGUUUGCUCAUCAGACCAUACAUAUUUUGUUUAUUAAAGGUAACAGUCGAGAACUGUUCAUGUGGUUGGUUACUGAGCAAGUUGUAUAGGCGAAGGACUAUUGGAUUUCAUUUAACUAACGGGACUGAGCUAUAGUAAAAUGCAAUGACCUUAGUGAACCCAUUGUUCAUGAAAAGAGAAAUUUGACUGACUGUGUUUCCUUAUUUCCUGAUACAUUUGUUCAACAUCUUUGUCCACCUACAUGGAACCAUGUUAGUGGUUCAUUUAGUAGGCCCAUUCCCCCUGAUACUAAUUGUUUCUUGACCCUGGAGCUAUCGAAUGGGAGAGUCUAAGAAUGGAGGCCUGAUGUCUAUUGUAAGGGAAUUGUGAAUUCUUCCUAAAGAUGGCGUCUUCUUGAGCUGAUGUAGCAUUCUUUUGGCAUAAAGUUUCCUUAGCAUCUGUGAAGUUCUUUCCUUCAACUUGAGAAUGGCAUAGAAGAUGAGUCAAUAAGCUGUGAUGAUGGCUACAACAGCAACUAAGUCCCACCAUUUCGAAUGCUCAAUGUUAAUGCCAAGCACUUGUGAGAUAUGCUUCACCUUUCAGCUUUGAACCAUCAGGUACCAGGGGAUCUAUC